AUGUAAAGUAAAAUCAAAUUCUUUAAUGAGGAAACAAAAUAAUUUGAAACAAUUAAAAAGGAUAUUCCUUUAAAAAGGUGCUCUCCUGAUUGGAUCUAAUAAGGUAUAGAAAUAUUAUGCCCAGAUAUAACAAAAGAUAAUCCUAUAAUUAUGUAGGGAAUAUUGUAUUCAUCUGAUAUAUAUUAAUAUCCAGGUAUAACUUUAUUUACAUGUUAUGGACUUCAAGAUUGUAAAUCAAGUGAAUAAAUUGCAAAAAUAUUUGCCGGAGGAAGAUUUUUCUUUUAUAUGUAAAAACCAAAUAGUGUGAAUUAUGCCACAGGUGAAUAAAUUAAAAAUAAUAAGUCUCAAUUUUACAUAUAUUAGUACUUUAUAAUAUAAGGAUUUUAUAAUAGAAAUGAAAUAGUGAUGUAAUAUUAAUAAAAUAUAAAAAAACCUGAUUUUGCAACUUAAUUUAAAGAAAAUAUUACUAAUGAUUAAUAAUUAGUUAAUUAAUUCAGUUAUAUGUCAAAUGUGGUUCCUAAUGGCAAAGAAUCCGUUUCUUAUGCAUUUUAGGUUUGGAUUAGACUUUCAGAUAAUAUUCUUGUUAAUUAGAUUACUUAUAAGACAUCAUUUGAUAUUAUAUCGGGAAUAGGAGCGUUAUUCAGUGUACUUUUUACAGCGUUUUCUAUUUAUUUUUUGAAUUAUAAUAGAAAUAAAUUCUAUAUGAAAAAUCCGGAUUGGGAUUAGUUUGAUAGGAAAAUUGACAAAUUUGAUAUUGAUAAUAGUGUUUAAUAUAAUUAGCCUUUUAUUGAAAAAAAUAAUAUUUAACAAGAAUGA